CACUGCCGGUGUCAAACAGACUACAACUUGAUUUCCUACUGCUGACUUUGGUUCAAUCUAAGCAGCUACUGCACUGAUCAAAUGUUCAUCAUUUUGUAUCAUAUCGCUUUUUUUUUAUUUAUUCAUUGUUUUCCUCAGAACAUUUGUUCUUUCCUCCUUUGACCAAAUGAAGUACCCAAUUCUUGUGUAUCUAUAUAUUUUAUAUAAAUAAUUGUGUUCAACAAGUGCGAGCACAAGCAAUUUCUGUUGCUUCUAAAUUUGAAGAAGAGCAAUUUCUUUAGUAAAGCAACACUUCCCUUAUCAUUAUCCUAUAUUCGAGAUGACGGCAAGUUACCACAGACUAUUUGUCCAGGCUGUAAUAUUCAGUUGGAGGCAACAGCGCAAUUCUUUGAGCUGUUGGUGGCUGGCCAGCGUAAGAUACGUGAACUCUGGAAAUGCCAAGUCGAACAACAGCGCAAGGCAGAACGCUUGCGUAAUAAGAAAGAGAGUACGGAGCUCAGAGCAGAAGAGAUAGAGAUGGAUGGUGCAGUUCAGUAUGAUGAGGAUCAACAAUAUGAGCAACAAAUUAUUAUUAAAAUAAUGCCAGAUGGAUCUGUGUACACAGCUGAGCAUGAGAUGAGUCUGCAAAUGGAGGGUUUGACGAAGCCAAGGAGGAAACGCGGACGUCCGCCAAAAGUGCACACAGAGGCUGAGGCAAUACAGGAAAAUCUGGAAGCUCCGAGUCAAGACGAGGAGGAUAAACAGGAAGAAGAGAUUGACGAAGUGGACGGCGAUGGUAGGCGCAGAAGAAAGCGCAAAGUUCCCAAAAGAUUUAUGGAAGCAGUGCAAGGAAAGGAAUUGGAAAGGAUAUUCAAAGAGGAAGGUGUGCUCGAUGAGGAAGACGAUGACCCUGAAUUGUUCGAUGAUUUGGAAGAGCCGCUAAACUCUGCCGUGCAGGACGGUCAGAAAGAAGUCAUUGGUCGCCUGGAAACAGAAGAGGGCAAGGACUUGGGCGAGGUGGUGACCGUGAAUCGCGGACGAGCACGGACAAAAUCGAAGCUUCGCCGUCGAAAGAACAAAUUCACGUGCGGAGUGUGCGGCAGGGGUUUCCUCCAACGCAACAGAUACAUAAUACACAAGAAUUUUCACAAAGGCGUCAAAUACGAGUGCGCACAAUGCAGGGAUAUCUUUGACAGUAAGGAGAACCUGGAAUUGCAUCAGAAAACAGCUCGGCACAGCUCGAGUCCUGAAGUCGAGGAAAGCGCUGACACCGACGCGAACUUGUCGCUCGAGAAAACAGAGACGCAGAACGCGGAGGAGAAUAUAUUCGCGGCGACGUCGGAGGUAGCGGAAAGCUCGAGCGAUGCGAUUCACAAGUGUGAAAAGUGCGACAAGCAGUUCGACUCGAAGCAGGAAUAUGAACUGCACGCGAGGAUGAUGCACGAGCAGCAGAAAUUCACUUGCAACGUCUGCAACAAAACGUUCUUGCAGCAGUCGAAUUUGAAGAUGCACAUGGCGUCACACGGAAAAAUCAAGCCGGACAAGGAAUACCCUUGCGAUGUCUGCGGCAAGGUUCUAAAUCAUCCCAGUUCCGUCGUGUAUCACAAAGAGGCUGAACACAACAAUGGUCGUCGUUUUGUUUGCAACAAGUGCGAUAAGAGUUUCAAGCACAAACAACUGCUGCAGCGACAUCAGCUGGUGCACUCGGACGAUCGGCCGCACGUCUGCACGGCCUGCAACGCUAGUUUCAAGACAAAAGCGAACUUGAUUAAUCACCAGUCGACUCACACCGGCGAGAAAAAGUAUUUCUGUGAGAUUUGUAAGCAGCAGUUUGCGCACAAAACUAGUCUCACGUUACAUUACAGAUGGCACAGUGGUCACAAGCCAUAUACCUGCAAGGUUUGUCAGAAGAGUUUCUCGCAGAACGGUAAUCUGCAGGAACACAUGCGCAUUCACACCGGCGAGAAACCGUACUCUUGUGACUUUUGCGGGCGGAAGUUUACCACGUCCUCGCAAUUCAAGCUGCACGUAAAACGGCACACGGGCGAACGGCCGUGGAAAUGCGAGUUUUGCGCAAAGUCCUUCUUGCACAAAGAUACGUGGAAGUGCCACGUACGUCGGCACAAAGGGGAACGUCCAUUCCAGUGCGUUCACUGCAGUCGCGGAUUUACCGAACAGUGGGCGCUGAAGAAACAUCUUCGUUUGCAUACUGGUGAGAAGCCCUACUCUUGCGACUUGUGCGGAAAGACUUUCGCCGACUGCUCUAAUCUAACGAAGCACAAGAAGGUUCACAGGGAAGAUAAGAUGCUAACUGUGGACGGGUCAGAAGGGUCCCCGAUCGGCCAGGUCUGGCAGAUCCUACCCAAUUCGCAGGAAACUGAAGACCAGACGCUCAGAGAUCCAAUGAUUGCCACCAAUGAAACGUCCGCUGAUGGUAUCCAACAGAUCAUCUACGUAUCCUAUCAAGAUCCUGAUGAUCCGAAUCAAUCGCGAACUUUACAUUUUGUUGACGCCAGCAUGAUGAAAAACAAAGACGAGAUGACGCAAGAUGCGAAUUCUCUGCCGCGUUUGGAUGUCGAGAACGACGAAAUGAUUGCUGAUAAAAUUGUAAAUAAUCCAGUCAGCAAUAGUGAGGAACAGUCGGGAAUAGAAUUAUCGGACUCGGACUUACAGUUACAGAUCACUGAUGAAGAUGGAAAUCCGAUUCCGAUAUCUAUCCAAGAGGCUCGACAGCUUCUCUCUCAGGGACAUUUCAUUAGCCAGCUCGACGGUCAGAUUAUCAAAGUUCAUCCUGGGAUGUUUGCUCAACAACUUCAGGCCCUAAAUAUCCACGUUGACCAGGAAGUCCCCGUCGCCGCGGAAAACGGAAUCAUGACGCGCCCAGACGCGUCCCAGAAGAACGUCGAGCCGUUGUCCGUGUCUCAGACCGAUGCAGAAGCAAUCGUCCAGGCACUCGAGGACGAAGACACCGACGCUACGGCAGUCGCGACGAUUAAUCAGCUGGAGGGAGUCGAGCAAUCUGGAAUUACGGACGGUGAGCAGGCGAUCGAAUUUAUGACUCAGGAUGGACAGAAGGUCCGCGUCUUGACAUCGUAUCCAGUCGAUCCGAUGCAGCUCACCCCAGAGUACCUGACUAUAGUAUAAACAAGAUUUAUAUGUGAUAAUCUGAAUAUCUGUGUGUAUCUAUUCCUCUGUACAGGAUGUCUGGUAAUAACCUAGAGCAUUCCGCCUAUAUUGCGCAGGCGAAAUCUGAAGCGAGACGCUCUGAUCUGGAUAUCUUAAUUACGGUAUAAGAUUUUUCGCUUCAACUCGAUGCACUGUACCUCCAUACGAGCGUUAGCUAAGUUAUUACUGGGCACCCUAUAUAUAGAUACAGAUGGAUAAAUGUGCUCUUUUUUUAUAAGUAUUUUCGAUGUCAAAUCUUUAGUGCAUGUAAGAUCAGUAAGGUGUAAAAUACUUCAAACAUUUCGCUGGGUUUUUAAUUAGAUUUUUAAGAAGAUUGUGUGGAUACUUCUUCGAAAUGACAUUGCUAACUCCAUCGAAGCUUUUUAGAUCACUAUAAGUCGCUUGUAACUUCCCCAUCUACUUCGGAGUACGAAACGAUUGUACAUACAUACACUUUAGUAUGUUUUUAGAUACGUGAAGGCGUACGCGGGAGUAUUUAACACCUAGUUACAUUUAUAAGUUACAACGAGAUGCAUUUUACAUGUUACUAUACACUAAAUAUAAUAAAGAAAAAGAUCAACAUUGA